AUGCCUAAGCCAGUUGUGUUGAGAUUGGGAAGCGUGGACUACGCGCAACAAGCGUGGGAAGAUCUAGCCAAAGUGGCCGAAGUCGUCACUGUGGAUGACUCUACCACCAGAGGCGAGUUUUUGAAAAGCUUGAAAGACAGUUCGAACCCAUUGUCUCGUGUCCAGGUGAUUGCUAGGACUUUUGCCAGCGUCAAGAACACCGGCAGAUUUGACAAAGAACUCGCCGCCGCUUUGCCUAGCUCUGUCGUUGCAGUGUGCCAUUUGGGUGCGGGCUACGACCAGAUCGACACUGCGUUCUUCGAAGCCAGAAACAUUCAGGUCAGCAACGUGCCAUCGCUCGUGGACGAUGCCACAGCCGACACGCACGUGUUCCUGCUUCUGGGCGCGCUCAGAAACUUCGAAUGGGGCCACAGACUCAUGCUGCAGGGCAAGUGGCCCUCCAGCGGGCGCGCCGCUGGCGCGCCCGUGGGCCAUGACCCGGCGGGCAAAACUGUUGGUAUACUUGGUUUAGGUGGCAUUGGUCGCACGAUCGUCGAGCGUCUCAAGCCCUUCGGGUUCGCAAAAUACAUAUACCACAACCGCAAGCGGCUGGACCCUAAACUUGAAAACGGCUGCGAAUACGUGUCGUUUGAUGAGCUUCUCAAGACGUCCGACAUCAUUUCAAUCAAUAUCCCACUCAACGCCCACACCAAGCACAUCAUCAACCAGGAGGCCAUUGACAAGAUGAAGGACGGCGUGGUGAUCGUCAACACGGCGAGAGGCGCUGUUAUUGACGAGCCAGUCCUUAUUGCCGCUUUGAAAAGCGGGAAAGUCGCUUCUGCUGGGUUCGACGUCUUUGAGCACGAGCCACAAGUCCCACAGGAGUUACUUGACCUUCCAAACGUCUGCGCCGUCCCCCACAUGGGCACACACACGGUGGAAACCAUCAAAAAAAUGGAGGAGUUCCUAGUUGCGAACGUUAAGUCCGUUAUUAAUUCCGGCCACGUUAUCUCUAUCGUGCCCGAAAUGAAAGAUAAACCCUGGAUAGAUGAAAGCAAGCCUUUGGCCUAA